AUGUUGAAAAUCUUCUUGAAUGGCAUUGAAGACAAGGGGGCCUUCGAAGAGACAUCCCCACUCAGAAGCAGCAGAAACCUUGAGUCGGUUCUUUUCGGCGAGGACGAAUUUGCAGAGGCCGAGGCCAUGUACCGGCGAGCGUUACAGGAUGGAGAGAAGCUGCUAGGACCAGAACAUCCUGACACGCUCACCAGUGUCACCAAACUUGGUAACUUGCUUGGCAACCAAGGGAAAUAUGAAGAGGCGGAAGCAAUGCAUCGACGGGCGUUGGAAGGGAGUGAGAAGGUUUUUGGACGUGAGAGUCCUCACACACUUACUAUUGUCACCAACCUUGGUAAUGUGCUCUCUAGGCAAGGGAAAUAUGAAGAGGCAGAAACAAUACAUCGACGGGCGUUGGAAGGGAGUGAGAAGGUUCUCGGACCUAAGCAUCCGGAUUCUCUCAUCAGUGUCACCGGCCUUGGUAAUGUGCUCUAUAGGCAAGGGAAAUAUGAAGAGGCGGAAGCAAUGUAUCGACGGGCGUUGGAAGGGAGUGAGAAGGUUCUCGGACCUGAGCAUCGGGACACUCUCAUUAGUCUCAGUAACCUUGGCAACGUGCUUGGCAACCAAGGGAGAUAUGAAGAGGCGGAAGCAAUGCAUCGACGGGCGUUGGAAGGGAGUGAGAAGCUGCUAGGACCAGAACAUUUUACCACACUCACCAGUGUUAGUAACCUUGGCAAUAUGCUUGGCUACCAAGGGAAAUAUGAAGAGGCGGAAGCAAUGCAUCGACGGGCGUUGGAAGGGAGUGAGAAGGUUCUCGGACCUGAGCAUCCGGACACUCUCAUUAGUCUCAGUAACCUUGGCAACGUGCUUGGCAACCAAGGGAGAUAUGAAGAGGCGGAAGCAAUGCAUCGACGGGCAUUACAGGAUAGAGAGAGGCUGCUAGGACCAGAACAUCUUAACACACUCACCAGUGUUAGUAACCUUGCCAACAUGCUUGUCAACCAAGGGAAAUAUGAAGAGGCGGAAGCAAUGAAUCGAUCGGCGUUGGAAGCGAAGGUGCUUGGACGUGAACAUCCCGAAACACUGGCCAGUAUCGAUAUUCUUUAG